GGGAAGGAGCUGGUUUUGGCCAGCUCAGAACCUAGCAGCCCGAGUGGGUCUCUGUGUUUGAACUCUCCGGGAGGACUCUUACUGCCGCCCUUGGAUUCAAUCAUGCAUACAAAGGGCUUUCUCGGCUUGGUGGUGCUGCUACUCGCCUCUUCAGUCUUCGUUUUGUUGCCUGCUAUUCCACAAAGUUCAUCCUUUUCCCCGCGGAGUGGUUUGAAGAGCACCUCAUCUUGCAGACUUUCCCAGUCUGAGUCAGAGCAGCGAUGCCAAAUCCCAGGUGGAAAACUGUGCAACGGCAAAGGCCAAUGUAACUGUGGGGUCUGCAUCUGUCAAGUGACUGAGCCAGGCAAAUAUUAUGGGCCAUUGUGUGAAUGUCACGAGUGGGUAUGCGAAACCUAUGGUGGAGAAAUCUGUGCAGGCCAUGGAAAGUGUGAUUGUGGAAAGUGUAAAUGUGAAGAAGGUUGGUAUGGUGAUGCUUGUCAAUACCCAACUAUCUGCAAUUUUACACGGAGGAAGAGUAAUGAAAUGUGCAAGAAUUCUCAAGACAUCAUUUGUUCAAAUGCAGGUACUUGUCACUGUGGCAGAUGUAAAUGUGACAAUUUAAAAGGAAAUGGAUUGAUCCAUGGUAAAUACUGUGAGUGUGAUGACAGAGAAUGCAUAGAUGAAGAAACAGGACUAAUGUGUACAGGCCAUGGCAUGUGUUACUGUGGAAACUGUUACUGCGAGGCUGGUUGGCAUGGCGAUAAAUGUGAACUCCAAUGUGACAUCGCCCCCUGGGAGAUCAAGAAGAAGUGUACCUCUCCAAAUGGCAAAAUCUGCAGCAACAGAGGAACCUGUGUAUGUGGAGAAUGCAUAUGUCAUGAUGUUGACCCAACUGGAGAUUGGGGAGAUAUUCAUGGAGAUACUUGUGAAUGUGAUGAACGCAACUGCAAGGCAGCCUAUGAUCGAUAUUCAGAUGAUUUCUGUUCAGGUAAAGGAAAUAAUUCAAGGACUUAA